AUGGCGGAAGAUCCGGCUCGCAAAUCGCCUGGGCAGGCGGGCCGGGCACGCACCGUGUUCGACCGAGGGCAGCGUCGGCUGAGGCACCGCCUCCAAGGCGCCGAGUUGCGACACCCCCACGUCAGCAGACCACGGGCCAGCCUCAUACUCUGCUCGCGCCUCAGCUGUGAACCACACGGCGCCGUCGAGGGCGACGGCCGCGCCCGCGCCAGCAAGCCUGCGCUGCGCCUCCAGGGCACCCCCCUCGCCAGAGCACGCCCGAAUCGGCACGCCGAGGCCCACUGCCAGGAUCGGGGCUCGGGCUUGCAUCGCGCACCAGGCUGCCUAAAGCGCAGCGUCCGCCAUGAGUCUUUCGGCCUCGCGCUGGAGACCAACGCCGCCACAGCUGCCACACAGGCGCGCCUGGAUCAGGGAGUCGCCGCCGAAGCGCUUGCCAAGGAGCGCGGUGGCCAUGGCAUCCCCAAUCAAAUCGCUCACAGGCUCGGCCACAGCGCCCAGCAGCGGGGAGGCUACCAGACGCGCGUCGUAUGA